ACCACUGUCACAGCCGAGCUCGUGCUGCUCAAAGCUGCGUGCUGGACUGACUGACUCUCUCCUUCGGGUUUCCUCUUCACACACUUUUACUGAACAACCGGAGGACACUGUUCGUAGGAAAGCCGGGGACGGGAUGCCCGUCUCGAAGGGAGAAUCGGCGGCGGCGUCUGCGUAAAAGAGGAGCUCCUGCAACGGCUGAGAGCAGCACUGAACCCACCGUCCGUCUGCUUUUAACGGUGAAAUAGUCUCAUAGAACCACUGAUUAGUUGUUGACUAGAAGAGACGGGGAACACGGCGCGCGCCGCAGAAACCGGGACCAUGAUCUGGAGCAGAGGUGUUAUCUUGGAAGAAUAAAGAGGGGAAAAAGAAGGAGAAUUUUUUUAAGUGUCUACAAUAUUUUCUGUUUAUACUUGAUGUUGUAAACCCACUAAUCUCAGCAAAUUAUUUAUUUGUGAUUAUUUGCGCACCAGGACCAUGAUCCGGAUUCACUUCAGAGUUAGAUCCAAAGGUUAGUUACCAAGAAAAAAAGGAUAAAAUCAAAUAAAAGGCUUACAGUUUCAACUCAACUUCCGAAUCAAGAACUCGCUUAAUCAUAGUGAACCCAGAAACCAGGAGCGGGAGCGCACCGGAGGCAGAAGGAACAAUGAUCAGGAUCUUCCCGGAUUUCAGCGUCCAGGUGACGGCCUCAAGCGCUGGAGGACCCGGAGCUGGAGGUGGAGGAGGCGGUAGCUCAGGUGGAGGGAUGGUGACCGGACCCCCGGUGGGUCGGGUGCCAGUCCCGGUACCCGGAGCCACUAACGGGACCCCGCAGAGCGUGCAGGGAAUAACCGCCUACCAACAAAGUGACACCUACUGGGAGCGGCCUUCUAGUGCAGGCAGCUGCUCAGCCACCCGGCCCAAGACUCUCCACCUGGCCGGCCAGCAGCAUACCUCUUCACCAUGGUUGCAGGCCCUGAGGAAGGAGAAGUCUCGGGAUGCGGCGAGGUCACGGCGAGGGAAAGAAAACUUUGAAUUUUAUGAACUAGCCAAGAUGCUGCCAUUGCCGGGAGCCAUCACUAGCCAACUAGACAAGGCCUCAAUCAUCCGGCUCACAAUCAGUUACCUGAAGAUGAGGGACUUUGCCAACCAAGGAGACCCACCGUGGAACCUGCGCAUUGAGGGACCUCCACCCAACACCUCAGUCAAAGCUAUCGGUACACAGCGGAGGAGGAGUCCCAGCACUGUUGCCUCUGAGAUCUUCGAACCUCACCUGGGUAGCCACAUAUUACAGUCUCUGGACGGGUUUGUAUUUGCACUAAACAAGGAGGGACGAUUCCUCUACAUCUCGGAGACUGUUUCCAUCUACCUGGGACUGUCACAGGUGGAGCUGACUGGCAGCAGUGUGUUUGACUACAUCCACCCCGGUGACCACGUGGAGAUGGCUGAGCAGCUCGGCAUGAAGCUUCCUCCCGGCAGAGGGAUGUCUCUGUCCCAGGGAGCCAUCAAUGAAGACGGGGCAUCCUCUGCCUCAUCGUCAUCACACUCUGAGACACCUGAACCAGUAGAGUCCAGCAGUCCCAGUCUUCUGGCCCCUGAUAACACUCUGGAGCGAUCCUUCUUCAUCCGGAUGAAGUCCACACUCACAAAGAGAGGCGUGCACAUCAAGUCCUCAGGAUAUAAAGUGAUCCACAUAACGGGGCGCCUCCGGAUCAGGAUGGCUCUGACACACAGCCGCUCGGUGCCUAAUCAGAUCAUGGGGAUGGUCGUGGUUGCUCAUGCCCUCCCACCACCAACAAUUAAUGAGGUUCGCAUCGAUUGUCAGAUGUUUGUGACCAGAGUCAACAUGGACCUCAAGAUUGUCUACUGCGAGAACAGGGUCAGUGACUACAUGGACCUCACUCCAGUAGACAUCGUGGGGAAGAGGUGCUACCAGUUCAUUCAUGCUGAAGACGUCGAGGGGAUCAGACAGAGUCACCUGGACUUACUGAAUAAAGGUCAGUGUGUGACUAAGUAUUACCGUUGGAUUCAGAAGAACGGUGGUUACAUCUGGAUCCAGUCCAGUGCCACCAUUGCCAUCAAUGCCAAGAAUUCCAGUGAGAAGAACAUCAUCUGGGUCAACUAUGUUCUCAGUAAUCCAGAGUAUAAAGACACGCCCAUGGACAUUGCUCAGCUGCCAAACCUGCCAGAGAAAACUUCAGAGUCCUCAGAAACCUCAGACUCUGAGUCGGAGUCGAAAGAAAACUCAGACAAUGAGAACGCCAUGGCUGAGGGAAAGCCGGGUCACCAAACAGAACAUAGCGAGAACCCAGAGAAAGAAAGCAAACGUCAGCAGCAGCCCGGCCAAUCGCAAUGCUCCUCCAAACAGGAAAUGAAACGCCAAGAAGAAGAAGAUAGCUCAAGUAACCCAGAAAGUCAGGACAGCGAUGACAGUCUGGAACCCUCAGAUGGAGAGCAGGAACGUGAUCAGGAGACGGAAGCCAGGGAAGGGGAAGGGGAAGGAGGUAGACUGGGAAGAUUAGCUGGACUGGGAGGAUUAGAGGGUUUAAGUGCUAUUAGUGGACUGGGUAAUUUGAGUGGACUUCAUAUUAAAGUAGAGCACUAUGGAGAAGGAGAAGAAGUACAGCUGCACAACUCACAAACAUCCUCAUCUGAGGAAGAGGAAGAAGAGGUGGAUGAGGAUGAUGAAGAGGAUGGAGGAGUGCAAAGUAAUAAUGAUGCUGGUGUUGGUAGUAGGUUCCAGAAGAGGAGGAAGAGGAGGAAAGUGCAAAAGUGGGAUGGGUCACGAAGCAGGAGGCUCUGUGUAUCCACAAGUCCACCCAGCCCUGCAGCGAGAGGAGAUACCACACCACAUGGUGAGCCAUCAGGGACCACAUCGGUCACACCUCCACACCUCCUGACCUCCGCUGGCUCCCCAAACAGCACAAGUGCAACAUCCUCGGUUCUUAAGAUCAAGACUGAGAUGGCCGAACCCAUCAACUUUGACAACGAUAGCAGCAUUUGGAACUAUCCUCCCAACAGAGAGAUCUCAAGAAACGAGUCUCCGUACAGCAUGACCUCCAAGCCGGCUGCUCCAGGGGGUCAUGAGACCUUCCCUUCACCGCAGGGAGGCUCUCUCCAGGUUGUCAUUCCUGACUCUGUCCUCACCCCUCCUGGAACUGAGGGAGGAGUAGGAGGAGUGAGGAAGCCUCCUUACAACGGAAACUCAGCCCCAUCUUCUACUUCCAGUUUAGCUCCUCCUUCUAACACCUCCUCUGCUGACCCACUGUCUCCUCCUCUCUCUGCAUCCCCACGGGACAAGCAACAAGGCACUCCCACCACCUCCUCUUCCUCUUCAUCCUCAUCAAGCUCUUCCUCCUCGCUGCUGUACUCUGGUGACAUUGAAGCACUUCAGCGUUUGCAGGCUGGGAAUGUGGUCCUCCCGCUGGUUCACCGGGUCACAGGGACUUUAACCUCCACAAACACGACUGCCCCACGUGUCUACACCACCGGCACCAUCAGGUACGCUCCAGCAGAUGUUACUCUGGCCAUGGCACAAGGUAAUCUCCUUCCCAACGCUGCCAUGAACUUUGUUGAUGGUUCAGGUUUUGGUCUAGACCCUAAAACGCCAAUGGAGAUGCUCUACCAUCACGUCCACAGGCUCAACAUGUCUGCCGCAGCAGCCGCUGGCCCAUUCGUAGGAUCUCCAGCACCUGCAGGCGGUAACGCCGCCCUGGGAGGCCAGAUGCCAACUACAGCCAACGUUUUCACCACAGCAGAGGGACUUUUCUCUACGCUACCGUUCCCAGUGUACAGCAACGGGAUCCACACCUCACAGACGGCUCUGGAGAGGAAGGAAGACUAGUGCAAAACAUCUCCGACCGCGUUACUGUGUUUCAAGAAUCAACCACCGCACCAGUCAAAGACUCCUUAGUAAAAGUUAUGAAAUUUAUGAUGUUUUAUCAACACGGUGUAGCACUGUGUUUACAGGAAUGGAGAAAGGACAGGAAGUGAUGACAGAUGUACUCUAGCACUUUGAAUUUGAGCAACUGAGCUUGUGUAAUAGACCUGAACGACCCUCAGACAUGACCCCCUUUUCUAUCUUUUUUGUUAUUAUCCUCUCCUCUCCCGUCUCCGACUUUGCUUCCAUUUCUUCUGAUCAGCAGCUUUUUCACUUGAGCAGAUGAAAACAAACUAUUCUUUAUGUAAAGAAAUCCUUUUUGCCUACAGAGAAUUCAUAUUGCCUACGGAUUCCACUGGAACCUGAAGGGGAUCAUUUUUAUUGUGGGACUUCUUUGUGUUGAAUCUUGGGGAAGACGCUGAUUGUGUCUAUUUUAAGGAGGACGGUACCGGGAUUUUUAUCUAAAAGAAAAUUCUAAUUGCCGCUCAGCCUCAUCCGCCUUGAUGUGAUCAAGGCUUGAAAGGAGGAUCUUUAAAUGGACAGGAGGGGGCGCUGUUUUGUCUCGCAAUGUUCCCAGAGAUAAUCUUUUGGGGGGAAAAAGGGUUUUGAGAAUGUUUCUUGAUGAGGGAAUUGUAAAAUCAAUUAAUGUUUUUUUUUUGUUGUUUGUUUGUUUUUUUGUUUGUUUUCUUUUGUUUUGUUUUGUUUUUUUCGUUUGUGUCUUUUUUAUAAAAUAAUGUAGCUCAGAUUUAACUUCCAAGUCAAGCAUUAAGAAGAAGAAGAAAAAAGCAAUUUCAGCCGGGUAAUGACCUGUGAAUAAUCGAAUGUUACUACAAGUUUCCUCUUUUAUCUGAGGGGUUUACAUACAGGUCUCACACCAAACAUAACCUCUUGUGCGUCUUUUCCCAUCGCAGUCUAUCGAUUGCUCUUAUCUUUCAUCCUGUUUAACUGACAUCUAAUCUUUCAGGCCACAUUUCCGUCAGUUCUACAGAUUCAUGGUGCUAGCAACUUUCCAGUAACCCUGAUUCAGCUGGCUGAUGUGGGUGCUGCAAACUGAGCCCCCAGCUUCUUCAUACACUCAGCGCUGUUCCUUUUUUUGGAGGAGAAAUUAUAUUAAAGUUGGUCUCUAGUUUGUUUGAAGAUUUUUCCCCUGAUUUUCAGUUUUUAAGACAGCCAGAACUUCUUAGUCAUGGCUGUCAUUUCUUUGUGGACCAAUCUGACUGGAUAUCAACAUGGAGUUGAUGGAUAGAUUUUGCUCUUUGUUCAUUUUUACUUUUAUUCCAACGUAAUUAUUUAAUGAUUCUCAGUAAGACUGAGACUGAACAACGAGUGUUGCUAACUUGAGAAACCUCCUCGGGCUCGUUUGAUGGCUGUCUUGUUUCUGUCCUUUUCUUGUUUUUCUUUUUCUUCCUUCUCCUCCUACUGUUCUUCUUAAACCAGAAUUGCUUCCACAUCACUUUCCUCAGCAACCCACCUUCCUCUAUCUCAUCGCCUGACCCUGUGAUAUAAAACCACAUAUCAACAAGGAGAUUGUAAUAAAAACAUGCAUUUUCAAUCAAUCUAUCAAACAAUCAAUCAAAUGCCUACAAGGAAAAAUGUAUGACUUUUUUAAGGAACAAAAAAAGGGGAAAAAAUCCAUUCCUAAAAGCAGCGUUGUCCUUGUUGUCGUCCUUGUUUUAAUGUUUUUUUUCUUAUUGUCUCUGUUGCCAAAAAAACUGUGGUAAUCUUAUAUGUUGGGUGUUUUAAAAGCACUGUGAUUUUCCUUCAUUUAUUUUUCUUUUUUUAUUUCAACAGAAAAAAUAUAAUUAGAAAUAAUCAAAACUGUAUUAAACUAUCAAAACACCAUCUUUUUAAAUUUGACAGCCCCAUCUUUACCAUCACAUCCUCCUUAUUACCCAGUGUGAUUAAGCCGUAAAAAUGUAUUACCGAUGUGUUUAGUGUCACUGGCUGUCAGUAAGUCUUUCAUGGCAACUUCUGUGUGUGUGUUGACUAUAUGCAGUAUAUACUGAGCUACUGUAGCUGUUUUUGUCCUUUGUCUUCUCUGUGGUCUAUCUCUAGUGUGGGGAAGAAGAGGAAGUGGAGUUAGAGAAAAGGGGUGGAGUCUAUUAGAUGAUUGACAUCCCAAAAAAAGAUAACUCUUUGCCUCUCCUUCUCCUUCUCUGUCGCCCUCUAUCUGCAGUCUUAGUGAAACCAGUGGAGGUUGUGGAAUUACAUGUUUGGUGGCCUUUGCAAACAAAAAAAAAAAAAGGAAAAAAAACAUUUGUAGAGUCCACCUCUUUUUUCACUGCUUCCUUUAUGUCCUGUAAAACAGCUUCUUUAUUUCCUUCUGUCUCUCCUUCACUCUGCCUCUGCUGUUGCUUUUUGCUGUUGUGUAGUUUUAUUCCAAACUUCUUUAUCUUGCUGUCUUUUCUCUCAGAGAUGAAAAGAUUAUUUAACUAGCUCAAAGCUUAUGGAGCCAUGUUUUUGUCACUAAGGAAUUCUGGGACUUGGAGUUUCCAGCUUAAAUAAUAAAAGUCUCUAUAUGAAAUAAAUUACGAUGAAGAGAAGUCUAAAGAAGCAUUUAAAUGUACUCCGUCCUGGAAAAACCAUGAAAGCCUCAGUUGUGAAACGUUUUCCCAGAGUUCCUUGGGGUUUCUUGUGUGCAUUGGGUGUAUUUCGAUGGUUCCCACCAACACUUGUUGACUUCCUGCGCAAAUUUCUCUCAAAAAAGUUAAACAUGUGGCUCAAGGAGAGAUAAAAUCACAGUAGUCUUUCAGGAUACAAAAUAAAAACAAUUUUAAUGGUUUGUAAAGAAAUUAAAAGAAGAAAAAAUAUUUCUCACUAUAAAUCUAUUUUUCUAGGUGUUUUGGAAAACUGAACUGCAUGUUUAGUAAGUUCGUCUGAUGUGUUUCAUGUGAUUGAUCCCUUGUUUUUUGUUUCUUUUAUAUUUUUUGUCCAGCAGUUCUUGUGUUUUUUUACAGUCUGUCCAGACCACAGGGGAAUGAGACGGAGGGCUGAUGGAGGAAUAAAGUUGGUAGCAUUUGACUGAGCCCAGGCCUCUAAUCUUCCCUUCUCAUCAGGAAACACGAUAUGUAACGUCUGUGAAGAAUCAGUGUCUUGUUACUGAAAAUAAUUUGUCUAUAAAAGAGGGAAAAAAGGAGCGGGGGGAGGGGAGGGGGGUUUACUCUGUCUGGUGGAUUAUCUGUGAUUGAAUGUUAAAUUUGUCAUUUCAGGAGCAUUUUGUUUCUGUGCUCCUCCAGGUUUCAGCAUUUUCUACCUAUGAUGGUUUUGCUCGACAGCAGGGCACAAACGAGCUGCAGGGCGCUAAAGAAA